CCUACUUUGGAAGUGCGCGUUUUGGACGUGGGUCGACACUUCGCCUCGCGCGUGUCAUGUGUCUACGUGGUUCAUGCAAACGUCUGUCGAGAAUGGCUUCGCAUCAUUCCAGAGUCGUUUAUGAAUGAAGUGUUUUUCGUUUGGGAGAAACAUGGACAGGUUUGGCGGCGAAGGACUGCUGGUGAACCCGCGCGCACCGGAGCGCAUAGUUGGCUGACGCGCUUCGGAUUCUUUGUCAGUUACUUUUCUGCCGUCAACUUGCCUCUGUGCAUCGGUGCUUUUGCUAAGCGCUCUCAGGCAUCUACUGAAUCGGCUGAAAUGGAUAUGUCUAAACGAAUGCUGAUUUUAUACCUAGCCUGCUCGUUAGGACCUAUGCUGUCUGUUCAGAUUUGUGAGGUCAUGUGGGAGCUGGAAGCGGAGAAAAGAGAAUGUUUGUACAAGCUGGAUAACAUUACGUCAGAUUGCACAGGUGAAUGGGAUAUAGCAUGCUGGCCAUCAGCUAGGAUUGGGGAGUUAGUCACCAUCCCCUGUCCGAAUUACUUCAGUCAUAUCUGUGAUCUAAAGGGAAACAUAUCGAAGAGCUGUACUGCCGAUGGCUGGACAGAAAUAAACCCAGUUGUCGUUGCAUAUAACUGUGGCUAUGACCCCAAUAUCACAGAGGAUGGAAACAUGGGUGAAUUCCUGAGCUCUGUGAGAAUUGGAUACACUAUUGGUCACACUGUGUCUCUUAUAUCCCUCAUCAUCGCCAUCAUCAUUCUGUGCUUUUUCAGAAAACUCCACUGCACAAGGAACUACAUCCACAUUCACCUGUUCAUGUCCUUUAUACUGAAGGCUGUGGCUGUAAUUAUGAAGGAUGUAGUCCUGUAUGAGGUGGAGGAACCUGAUGACUGCCACCUUGAAUCUGUGGGCUGCAAGGCUGCCGUGGUUUUCUUCCAGUAUGGCGUGAUGGCCAGUUUCUUCUGGUUACUGGUGGAGGGCCUGUAUCUGCACGCUCUCCUGGCCGUAUCCUUCUUCUCUGAGAGGAAGUACUUCUGGUGGUACAUUCUCAUUGGCUGGGGAGUUCCAGGUGUCUUCAUAACAAUCUGGAGCAUCACAAAAGCUUAUUUACAUGAUAUUGGAUGUUGGGAUUUUAUUGACGAUGAUCUGUGGUGGAUUAUAAACACCCCUACAUUGAUAACAAUACUGAUGAACUUCAUUCUCUUCAUUUGUAUCAUCCGGAUACUUCGUCAGAAAAUCAGUUGCCGGGAUAUUGGGAGAAAUGAGUCACACCAGUACUCGAGACUGGCAAAAUCAACUCUACUUUUGAUACCCUUGUUUGGGAUAAACUACAUAAUCUUUGCCUUCAUGCCUCAUCACAUCGAGUCUUAUGUGCGUCUGGUGUUUGACUUGAUCCUGGGGUCCUUUCAGGGAUUUUGUGUUGCUGUCCUAUACUGUUUUCUAAAUGGAGAGGUUCAGUCUGAGAUCAAACGAAAGUGGAGAAGGUGGCACAUGCAGAGAUUUCUGGGAGCUGACACCAAAUACCAGCAGCCCUCGAUGGGAAGCAACGGCCUCAACUUCAGCUCCCAAAUCACCAUGAUGACAAAAUGCAGCCCCUCCACGCGCCGCGCUUCCGCCUGUCAAGAUGACUUCUCUGCCGUCUGAGCGCUGAAUGAUGCUCCGUCUAUGACGAGACACAGAAACCAACGAGUCUGUGCUCUACACGCACAGAAACGCUGUCACCCAGACCACCUCCAUCAUCUGCAGGUUGCUGCUCCGCCAUCAUUCCUGUAGGAACUGUGCAUCUCACCGCUCAGUAGGAACGUGAGGGAAACCGUUGCAGCUCAUGGUGACCGUUUGGCAUAUGAUACAUCUUCAUAGCCAUUCUUUCAUGCACAUCGAUCAGGAGAGAAAUAUGCAAGUAAAAUGGACUCUUUGACAUUUGAUUGUGUUUCACCAAACUACUGACUCAAGUGACGCUGGCUUUAUAAGGAUGCAGUGUUGUUGCUGAAAAGACUCAUUGAAUCAUGGUCCACAUCCAUUGCCUCGCUUUUGUGCACAACAACACAGACAUUAAUCUUCAGCAUUAGAGUUGGUAUCUAUCUGUUGUGUUUUUCUGUUUUCCCUGCCCUCAUUAUGCUGCUCAAGAUUUCUCAGUCUCUUAAUAAUCUGUAAAGCUGAACGGUGACCUUUUGGGUCCCUAGUGACCAGGUUUUAUUUUUUUAUCUUCUUCUUUAUUCCAGGAAAAAAUAAUGUGAUUUAGACAGUCUGACAUUCUGUUUUUGCAUCCUCCCUAUUUGUGUCAUGUGCUGGCGCGUCUGUGUACAUGUGGACAAACACAAACGUCUCUCAUCGAGAGCCAUAAAAGCAUGUUUACUUGUGCAGCAGAAAUAGUGCGUCAUGCUUUAUGUUUUAUAAUAGUGAUUUAUAGUGUGAUUGUAUAGUUACAUGUGAAAAUUUACAUGGGUUGUGUAACUGGGCACUUGUCACAUAAAAACACAGGAGAUUGGUCUUUCUAAAGAGGAUUUUUAGUCUGAAAUCUUUUUAGCUGUCAUAAGUACAUGCAUAGGGUUAGUCAGUUGCUGGCAUGAAAAUGCUCCUGCAUGGUUGCAUGCACAGUUCUUGUACCUCAUUGUGAAUAAGAUGUACAUAUAAGAGAAAAUGUCAAUAAGAGUGUUGUUGCUGUUUUUGGAAAGUGUAUUGUGGAUGUUGUCAUAAAAAGUAUACAGAUACAUUUUAUUACAUUG